GGCAGCCGUGUGUCUGCAUGUGGGAAGUACGCAGACCUCUGCCGCCAGCGUACCGCAAGAACAAAAACAACAACAACCAUUGGUACUUCUACUACUAAUGGACAGCCAAAGGCGGUGAUGGCUAUUUGGAGUAUGGGUAGUUGGGGAUCUGUAAAAGUAGAACAGGAUACGCCUUCUGUUGUACAAGAAAGGGAUCAACAACUGGGCAAGGAGAAACUCGCUGAACCUGAAGCACAUACAAGUGAUAAUCAAGGCGCUCUGAGAAACGGAGAUGGAAGAGGACAGCAAGAGCCCAAUGGACCUACGUCUGGUGUACACCCACAAGAUGGUCGUGCAGACGGUGGGGAGUCACGCAAUGAUAUUCCUUCGGGACGAGAUGCAAAACAUGGGGUUAAAGGAGAGGUACCGGAAUCAGGAACAAGUACGGUGACAGCAGAAACAGGAGCGAGUUCUACUACACAAAGUAAUCAAGGAGUUUCAAGCACCAACCAGUCUGGUGCACCUGUUGCAACAGAAAGCCAAACUCAACAGUCUAAUGCAGCUACAAUGGAUAACCAAGAAUCGUCGGAUAACACAGCUGAUAACAGUACAAUGGCCACCACUACCACAAAUGGGACAGCAUCCACUAAUGAUAGUUCAGGUAACAGUGUGACUGCCGCACCAGACUCACAAGAAAACACUUCCACUACUCCGGUGAGCACCGAGAACACUACCACAGAAGCACCAACCACAACACUUCCUCCUGGACCUGUACCUAACGCAGGGAUCACCACUAUUGCUUCCGCAGUACAGACGAACAAGCCCAUUGUUGACAGCAGUGUUAGUCCUGUGUGGAUGCGCACUGCAGCACCGCUGCUGAUUGUGGCUGUGUUGUUCUCCGCUACUGUGUACUGA